UUAUGUGGUCGGCUGCUCUGCUCCGUGUGUCGUGAAACCGAAACCUCCGCUCAUCACCGAGCAGACAGCGGCGGAAGAGGCGAACACACAGCGGAAAACAGCGCAACCCUCCCGGGAGAAGAGCAGCGUCGCCGCCGGGGAGCCUGCCGCCUUGCUGAACUCCAAGUCCAGGGGAAUGGUGGUGCCGUACGAGGGCCAGUCCUACUCUGUGUUGAGGAGGCAGUGCCAGCAGAAUGGGCGUCUGUUUGAAGACCCUCUGUUCCCUGCAGCCGACCAGUCGCUCUUCUACCAGAGCAACCGCAUCGGCCGAGUCACCUGGAAAAGACCCAAGGAGUUAUGCAGUGACCCCCAUCUGUUUGUGGAUGGCAUCAGUGCCCACGACCUGCACCAGGGCCAGCUGGGGAACUGCUGGUUCGUCGCUGCCUGCUCCAGUCUGGCCUCCAGAGAGGCGCUGUGGCAGAAGGUGAUUCCAGACUGGAAGGACCAGGAGUGGGAUAAGGAGAAGCCGGAGUCCUACGCCGGGAUCUUCCACUUCCGGUUCUGCUGGUUCGGAGAGUUUGUGGACGUGGUGAUCGACGACCGGCUGCCCACGGUGAACGGAGAGCUGGUCUACUGCCACUCCAACGACAGCAACGAGUUCUGGAGCGCGCUGGUGGAGAAGGCCUACGCCAAGCUGUAUGGGUGCUAUGAAGCCCUGGAUGGCGGGAACACGGCCGACGCCCUGGUGGAUUUCACCGGUGGAGUGUCGGAGCCGCUGAGCCUGAUAGAGAACGGCUACAAAGACGACGAGGAAAAACGCAACGAGCUGUUUGAGAGAGUGCUGAAGGUCCACAACAGAGGAGGCCUCAUCAGCUGCUCCAUCAGGGCGACCAGCGAGGCGGACAUGGAGGCGCGGCUGGCCUGCGGCCUGGUGAAGGGACACGCCUACGCGGUGACGGACGUGCGCAGAGUGAGGCUGGGCCACGGCCUGCUGGCCUACUUCAAGUCUGACAAGCUGAACAUGAUCCGCAUGAGGAACCCCUGGGGCCAGAGAGAGUGGAACGGCCCCUGGAGCGACAGCUCUGAAGAGUGGCAGAAGGUCAGUGAGAGGGAGCGGGAGAACAUUGGCGUCACCGUGCAGGACGACGGAGAGUUUUGGAUGACGUUUGAUGACUUCAUUGCCAACUUCACAGACCUGAUCCUCUGUCGCCUGAUCAACACCUCUUACCUGAGUUUCCAUAAGACCUGGGAGGAGGCAGUGAUGCGCGGUGCAUGGCGUCGCAAUGACAACCCGCUACUCAGCCGCGCAGGGGGCUGCACCAACAACAGGCAGACCUUCCUGCAGAAUCCACAGUACGUGUUUGACGUGAAGAAGCCAGAGGACGAAGCCCUGAUCUGCCUGCAGCAGAGAGACCGGCGAGCCACGCUGAGGGACGGCCGAGGCGAAAACCUGGCUAUAGGCUUUGAAAUACACAGGGUGGAGCUGAACAGGACGUACCGCAUGCACGUCACCCAGCAGAAAGUUGGCGGCAGCAUCUACAUCAACUCGAGGUGUGUGUUCCUGCGCAUCGACCUGAAGGAGGGACGCUACGUCAUCAUUCCCACGACCUUUGACCCCUACCUGGAGGGAGACUUCCUGCUGCGCAUCUUCACUGACGUGCCCUCCAGCUGCAGCGAGUUGACUCUGGAUGAGCCUCCUCAGACCUGCUGGACAGGCCUGUGUGGUUACCCCUCUCUGGUCACGCAGGUCCACGUGAUGAGGGCCGACGGCCUGGCAGGACACGACUCUGAUGGAGCGUCUGACCCCUAUGUGAUCAUCCGCUGUGAGGGAGACAAAGUUCGCUCUCCAGUCUAUAAAGACACGCGGAGCCCCGUCUUCAAUACCAAGGGCCUUUUCUACAGGAAGAGCGGCAACAAGGCCAUCACCAUCGAGAUCUACAACCAUAACGUGUUGUCAGAUUCCUUCCUGGGUCAGGUGACCUUGGCUGCUGAACCCGGUGAAAUCCAGCAGACUCUGCACCUGAGAGACAAGGGAAAUCGCCGUGACAACGACCUCCCUGGAACCAUCACUGUUGCCAUGGUGACCAGCAGGGAGCUCACCAACAUCUGAGACACACCAGUCGGGGGUCAUUCAUUCAUAAAAGUAUCACCUGGCUGUCCAGUCAGAAUGAAUCUGUUCAUGUUGUUAUAUUAGAGUGAAGUUUACUGAAUAGUUUACCACAAAAAUUUGCCAAAGUUUUUCCAGUGUUUUGCCAUUAGUGUCAAAUUUCUGGCAUCAACAGGUUUACUUUCAGCAC